AUGAGGCAGUCGUCGUGCAGACAGAAUCACACAGUGCAUGUCAUCAUAAUCGGCUGCUCUGUGGCUGGUCUCACUCUAGCCCACGCUCUGUCCAAGCGACGAAUCGACUAUACCAUCCUUGAGGCUCAUGAUCGCCUACCACUGCCAUUCACAGGAAAUGCGUUUACCUUGCUUCCCAAUGGGUCACGGAUACUAGCGCAACUCGGGGUGUGGGAAGAAAUCACGGCCGCAUCAGAUACGAUCCAUAGUCACUCGACUUUCCUUGGAAAUGGAAGGCUGUUAAAGAGGAUAGAUGUAGGAAGACUCCUUUCCAUGAGGUAUAGUUUCCUUAUCCGGUUUCCGAUUGGCCCGACUAGGCAUGGUUAUAAGCUAGCGGUUAUCCCACGAUGGAGAUUCCUGCAGAUUCUCUACAAUAACCUAAAAGAUAAACAUCGCGUGCGUUUCGGUAAGCGCGUCAUGACUGUGGAUCAGAGCUCUUCCGAGGCCAAAGUGGAAUGCGCCGACGGCUCCAUAAUCUCCGGAGACCUGGUCGUUGGCGCCGAUGGAACCCACAGUGUCUCACGUGGCGAGAUCCUGAGGUGGAAUGGGUCUCUGCAAGCACCACAGGAUCUGAGAAAGGUCGCCGUAACCUUGACAUCGGAAUACUCGGGCAUAUAUGGCAUCUCGCAUCCGAUUCCGGGGUUGUCCCCAGGCCACCUACUAUCGUUCCAUGCCGGGAAGGUGCACCGUUACCCUGAUGUACCGCGCCAUUCGCAAGACCGUGCAUCAAUCGACCUGCAUGUCUUCCCGUUUUUAGAUGCGCAUACCUCUUCAAACAUCCGAUUCGAAGAACUGUACCAUAACACAAUCACAUGUUGCCACGUUGCUCUUGAGGAAAUGCUCUGUGAGCAAUGGGUCGCGGGUAGGCUUGUGUGCAUUGGGGACUCAGUCCACAAGAUGACACCGAACCUAGCCCAAGCUAAUUGUAUCGUUCGUACAGUUGACCAAUACAAGUCCUGUGCGCGCUCAGAUAAGCCUGAGAAAGAUAUGGACCUAGCGGCAUGGGAAGAAUCCCGAAAGCAAAGAAUGAGACGUUUCUACACGUAUUCAUGGAUCCUAGCUCGCUCUGAGGCCUUUUCCGGGCCCUGGUUCAAGGCCCUCGGCCUGUAUAUUGGGUUCUUCCAUGGAGAGCAGGUAAUCAGUUACAUAUCUGACAUUAGUUCCGAGUCAGAGUGCCUGGACUACUUGCCGCAACCGGAUUAUCACUUGAAGUCUCAGUCGAAGAUGGACCAGGGUGGGCUCAAUCAAAUGAACUAUCUCUAUGUCAAACUGGCAUUCUGGCUAUUGGAUGUCUUGAUAACGAUCUGGAGCUUUUGUUUUGUUUAG